CCGGGGACGCCGGGCGCGCUCCCGGCGGAACGAAGGAGGGGACGGGCCGGGGGCGGGCCGGGGGCGGGGCCGGUGGGAGCACGGCGCUGAUUGGCUGGCGCUGCCGACCUGGUCCCCGGCGCCGGUCCGUAGAGCCGGGCGCCGAGGCCUGGGGCUGGGAUGCGAGUGGCUGCGGGCUCCCGGCGGCAGCGGCUCCCGUGAGUAGCGGCGACUGCAGCGCGGGCGGGCGGGCGAGGUCAGCGGACGCCGUCGGCGGCUGGCCGUCUCGGCCGCGGGAUGAGGAAGCGGACCGAGCCCGUCGCCUUGGAGCAUGAGCGCUGCGCCGCUUCGGGCUCGUCCUCCUCCGGCUCGGCUGCCGAGGCGCUGGACGCCGACUGCCGCCUGAAGCGGAACCUGCGCCUGGCGGGCAAGGGGCCGGCAGAGCCGCGCUGCGCCGCGGACGCGGGCAUGAAGCGGGCACUGGGCAGGCGAAAGGGCCUGUGGUUCCGACUGAGGAAGAUACUUCUCUGUGUUUUGGGGUUGUAUGUUGCCAUUCCAUUUCUCAUCAAACUAUGUCCUGGGAUACAGGCCAAACUGAUUUUCUUGAAUUUUGUGAGGGUUCCCUAUUUCAUUGACUUGAAAAAACCGCAGGAUCAAGGUUUGAAUCACACGUGUAAUUACUACCUCCAGCCAGAGGAAGACGUGACCAUUGGAGUCUGGCACACUGUCCCCGCUGUCUGGUGGAAGGAUGCCCAAGGAAAGGACCAGAUGUGGUACGAGGACGCCUUGGCUUCCAGCCGCCCUAUCAUCCUGUACCUGCACGGGAAUGCAGGCACAAGAGGAGGUGACCACCGGGUGGAACUUUACAAGGUGCUGAGUUCCCUUGGUUACCACGUGGUCACCUUUGACUACAGAGGUUGGGGUGACUCAGUAGGAACGCCAUCAGAGCGAGGCAUGACGUAUGACGCACUUCAUGUUUUUGACUGGAUCAAAGCAAGAAGUGGAGACAACCCUGUGUAUAUUUGGGGUCAUUCCCUAGGCACUGGAGUGGCAACAAAUCUGGUGCGGCGCCUUUGCGAGCGAGAGACACCUCCAGAUGCCCUUAUAUUGGAAUCUCCAUUCACUAAUAUACGUGAAGAAGCUAAGAGCCAUCCGUUCUCAGUGAUAUAUCGCUAUUUUCCUGGGUUUGACUGGUUCUUCCUCGACCCCAUUACAAGCAGUGGAAUUAAAUUUGCAAAUGAUGAAAAUGUGAAGCACAUAUCCUGCUCGCUGCUCAUCCUGCACGCUGAGGACGACCCGGUCGUGCCCUUCCAGCUUGGCCGAAAGCUCUACAACAUUGCUGCUCCAUCCCGAAGCUUCCGAGACUUCAAAGUUCAGUUUAUCCCCUUUCACUCAGACCUCGGCUACAGGCACAAGUAUAUCUACAAGAGCCCUGAACUUCCACGGAUACUGCGGGAAUUCCUGGGGAAGUCAGAACCUGGGCGCCAGCACUGAGUCUUGCUGCCUGAAGGAGCAUGAAGACCUCUGCCCUCCUCCCCUUUGCUCCGGCCAGCCUGGCACCCUGGGGCCCAGGGCUGCCAGUGUCUUCAGUGCCCCCGGAGAGAGGACUUGGAUGCCAGCUGGGGCAGGCGGAGGAGGCCUGGCAGACCUGAGGCACCUGCCUUGGGUGGCUGGGAGCUUGGAUCUCUGUGGAAAACACAGGUUGCAGGCAUGGGAUCCCCUCUCCCCUUGGUUGCCACUCAACCCGAGCUCUUGUUGGGAAGACAGUGACAGAGCAGGCCAGCUGGUGGCUGGUCGAUCCCACGCUUGCUGAGCUGGGCAUGGGGAGCCUGGGGCAGGAGGCGUGGGGUCUCGGGACCACACUGAGCUUUCCAGCACCACCGGUGAGACUGUGGCCAUAUCAGUUCUUCUGUCCCUUCCCGGCACACGCAGAAUGGACUGUAAUGGUUCCGUCAGCCCCUUGCACCCGGAGCACCCUGCUUGCCUACCUU